CCUGCCAUCUGAUGAAGCGUUAGUGGACUAGGGAGCUCCCGCUCACAUCCGCUGUUGCAGACGAAGGCCAAACAGCACAGUAGUUUCCCCGGUUCCUCCAAGCAUCCUUCACGCACGCUAUCGCAGUACUCUGCACCAAUCCCCAGGCGAGGGAUCUUGGCGAUGAUGGCCUGCGCCCUCUCCAUCGCUCAGCCUGCAGCGCUCGCGCCGUGCGGCGGCGGUGGCAGCAGGAGUGUCCCCAUCAAUCUGCCCAGGCUCCGAAGCUCCGUCGUGGCAGGCAGGACAAGAAGUCGCGGUGUAGUUGCCAAGGCUGCGCAGGACAGUUCAGAAACCGGAAGCAUCGUGAAAUAUGUCAAGAGUUCAUUCAACACUACCGAAGAUAUCUUUGCUCUAGCCGGUAUAGGCUUUGCAGCAAUUGCUGCAUUCUGGGCUUCCAUGAUGGUUAUUGAGGCCAUAGAUAAGCUCCCGGUUCUCCCUAUUUUCUUCGAACUAAUUGGAAUAUCAGUUGCAUGGUGGUUCAUCUACGGGAACCUUCUCUUCAAACCAGACAGAGAAAAGUUUGUCAGCAACAUCAAAAGCUCGGUAUCUCAGAUCUUGGGACAGUAACUUUCCUUUGAAAAUGGAGUACACAUCCUGCGGACGCCAUAAGUUCUGUUUAGGCUCAUGAGAAUUUCUGCAGUACCAUUGUCCAUUAUAGCUGUAAUACAUAUUUCCUGUACAGGUUAGAGCGAUAUCAAGAAUUCCCUUGGUAGCAGAACUUACGUGUUUCGUUGUAACAUUAAAGGAUAAAGGCAGGAGGUUUUGGUACAUUUUA